AUGCAAUUAGAAACUAGUAGCAGUGAAGCGAGCGCGGCGAGUUCCACGACGUUGUCCCAGCACUGUGCGAUAUGCGGCGACCGUGCUACAGGGAAGCAUUACGGCGCGUCUUCCUGUGAUGGUUGCAAGGGCUUUUUUAGAAGAAGUGUACGGAAAAACCACCUAUAUACAUGCAGGUUUAGCAGAAAUUGCGUGGUAGAUAAAGACAAAAGAAAUCAAUGCAGAUAUUGUAGGUUAAGGAAGUGUUUUAAAGCGGGCAUGAAAAAAGAAGCAGUCCAAAACGAACGAGACAGAAUAAACUGCAGAAGGCCUUCAUACGAGGAGCCGACGCAGGCCAACGGUCUCUCCGUCGUGUCGCUGUUAAACGCUGAACUGCUUAGUAGAAAGGUUAUAGAUGAAACGAACAACGUGACAGACGCAGAAAUAAACAACAGGAAGCUGGCAAAGAUCAACGAUGUGUGCGAUUCCAUAAAGCAGCAGUUGCUCAUAUUAGUUGAGUGGGCGAAGUACAUCCCCGCCUUCACCGAGCUACAUUUAGAUGAUCAGGUGGCGCUGCUGCGCGCGCACGCGGGCGAGCACCUGCUGCUGGGCUGCGCGCGCCGCUCGCUGCACCUCAGCGACGUGCUGCUGCUCGGCAACAACUGCAUCAUCGCCAAACACAACAUCGACGGCAGAAUGGACAUCGACAUCAGCAUGAUCGGCAUCCGGGUGAUGGACGAGAUAGUGAAGCCGCUGCGCGAGAUAGACAUCGACGACACGGAGUUCGCCUGUCUCAAGGCCAUCGUGUUCUUUGAUCCGAACGCAAAAGGCCUGUCCCAGCCGCAUAAAAUCAAGCAGCUACGCUAUCAAAUCCAGAUUAAUUUAGAAGACUACAUCAGCGACAGGCAGUACGAUGGCCGCGGGCGCUUCGGAGAGCUUCUGCUGUGCCUGCCGCCAUUGCAGAGCAUCACGUGGCAGAUGAUAGAACAGAUACAGUUCGCCAAGCUGUUCGGCGUGGCCCACGUGGAUAGCUUGCUGCAGGAGAUGUUGUUAGGGGGCGCGUCAACAGAGGCGACGAUAGAGGAGGGUGCGGAGGGUGCGUCGGGGGGUGUGGGGGGCGUCGGGGGCGCGGGGGGUGUCGGAGACGUGGCGUCGGGCGCCGCGUCGCCGCCGCUCGUGCCGCAGCUGCCCACUACAGUGUUUGACGCCACGUUCAAACAAGAGCCUAAUAUGAGUCCUGAACAUCCGUCUCGAGUCAUGAAGCCAUCUGACAUAACAUUGUUA